CGCCAUGAUCUCCUCCAACACGAGGGCGUCGCGGUCGCGCUUCUCGAGCCCUUCGCGGCCGCUCGAGGCCAAGGCAUCUGCCGGCAAUGAAUCCAAGACGUUUAUGCAGCGGUGGCUGGAGCCGUCGGUCCAGAGCAAGGCCAGCUUCGAGGAGGCGGGAUUGAUGCGCUACGGCGUGCUGGAGACCAUGGCGCCGCUGGGGACGCUGCCCAAGGCCAAGAAGAACGGCGACGGAGGGCCCGGCCACCAGUCGGUGCGCAAGAUCAUCCUCCGGCCGUCGGGGACGUCGUCACACGCCGCAGCACAUCAUCACGACGACCAGCCCGCGCAGCCCAGGACUCGCCCCAGCAGGGCACCAUCGCCCCCCGCUCCCUCGACGACACCGCCUCCUGCUCCCGCGUCAGCGCCAUCGCACCGGAGGGCGCAGGCCGCCAGAGACGCCGAGGACGACGACUACGACCCCAAGGGAGCCUCGCGUCGACGUCCCUCCCGGCGCGUGUCGCUGCCUGCCAAGCAGCACCAGCAGCAGCACCAGCAGCAGCAGAACCCGCACGCGAAGAACGGUGAAGAGGCCAAGAGCAGCACCACUGUCGUCAUCGCCACUACUGGUACGCCAAAGGCCAACAAGCAGCAGGCUUCUGCGCCAAAACGGGCGCAGCACCGCGAGCCAGAGGACAAGGAGUUUGCAGACAUGGUCGUUGAGGCGGCCGUGGACGAGGCCCUCAUGCACUUUCGCUAUCCUACGGCCUGGGCUCUUAGGACCCUCUACGAUGAACGGUCCGGCGACGCGGACUUUGUGGCCAUGGUGGAGGACGUCUUCAAGCAGAGGGCCGACGCCGAGACCAGGGAUGAAUUUGCCCGGCUGAUUGAAGUGAAGAAGCGCGAGGGCAAGAAGGACGAUGCGGGCUGCUACUACUUCGUGCCCCCUUCCACCAACAGUAGAUUCCCUCCGCACACGCCCAUGGCCGCUCCCUACGCCAACCUGCUGCACCGUCACGCCGACGACGAAAAGGGCGAGGGGCGAGCGGCCAAGAGGAGCAAGACGUCGCAUGCCGGCGAGACGCCUCGCGGCAAGAAGAUGGCCAACGGCACCAAAUCGCACGGCGACAGCGUCCGCACGCCGUCGCGCAGGCGUCACCGGCGGGACUCGGGCUCUAGCGAUACCCUGCUGAGGGCCUCCUCGAUGCCUGCUGACGAUGACGACUUGUUCUGGACGAGGCGUCGUGAGGCUCAAAAGGUCACCAACGGCUAUGUCGCCCGCGAGAGCUCCAUCCGCACCGGCGACGACGAUGAGCGCGACGAGGUGACUCCUGCAAGGCGGACCAGGAGGACGCGGAACUCCCUGGCGGCUCCCAUCAGCACGCGGGCCACCCGCUCGGCGAGCAAACGGCCAGGCAGCCACGCCAACACUGACGAUGUCGACGUCGCCGCCUCCUCGCCGGUGGCUUUUUCAUUCAAUGAGGGCAGUUCUACCGUGGGAUCGCGAGCCGUGACGCCGACGAACCUGCGGCCGGCGAAGAAGCCGCGGACAGGCCUUCGAAUCAAGUUGUCACCGAUGAAAAAGAAGGGCGGAACUGCUGCCGGUGUCCCUCGCUCAACUGGUGAGGCACAGUCAGUGACGGUGAGCAACGGCGCACCAAGAGACCAGGGAUCCGAUAACGAUGAGUACUGCUCUGCGUGUGGUAGCGCAGGAGACGUCGUCUGCUGCGAUGGCUGCCCGCGUUCGUUCCACUUCGAGUGCGUGGACAUGGUGCAGUCUGACCAUCUGCCCGACGAGUGGUACUGCAACGAAUGCCUUGUCCGCCGGUUCCCCUCGCGCGUGCCCGUCUAUAAGGGUGCAUUCGCGAGCGCCCUCAAUGCCUUGGAGAAGAGCAUCCCUCGCGCCUUUAGCCUGCCCAAGAAGCUCCAGACUCGCUUCGAGGGUGUCAAGGCUGGUGCUGACGGCGACUACGAAGAAGUGACGACAGUCAAAGCAAAGAAGCGCUCUGGCUAUGAUGAGCUGCCGGAUUUCUUCAAGCAGCGCGAAGAUGGUGAAGCGGUGCUUUGUCACGCCUGUCAAAAGGCAGCCACUGAGAUUCGGGCCAUUAUCCCUUGCAGCGCCUGUCCGCUCCACUGGCACAUUGACUGCCUCGAUCCACCCCUGGCCAUGCCCCCGGUCUUGAAGACCUGGCGAUGUCCAGCACACGUCGACGACGUAUUGGGAGAGGUGCCUCCUUUGGCGCCAGCGCAUCGCUUCCGCAAGCUCAAAGGUGGUCAAGUCAUCACACCGGCCUUCAGUCGCGGCCUCAAGAACAACGGUCACAUCGAACUCGAUUGGGCUGAUGAGCCUGAGGAGACGGACAAGUCGGGCUGGCGUGACCCGGACUCUUUUGGCAGGACAUACAGGCUACAGGCCAAGGGUGUCAUCCUUGAUUUCAUCGAGCAGCUGCGCCAUCGCGGUGCUGGAUACGGCCCGCGUCAGGACGAACCGCGGUGGCUGUCAUACGUAGGCCCAUCUACAUCUCCAAGCGAUGCAGACCGUCCGCUUGUCGGUUCUGCUUAUGACCGCAAGGUGAACGAGAUGCAAGCGUCCCUGACCCUUUUGGGUCUCAAGCAGAGCCGGUCCGAGAACAUUGACCAGCUCACGGCUGCUCUUCUGUCUGGUGCCGACGACAAUGUCCUGGCUCUCAUGGCAAAGGGGGAUGCGGACAACAUCGCGUCUGGCCAUCUGGUUCAAAAUGACAGAAAGAGUCUCCGUGCUAUGCUCGCUCAAAUGGACGCUAUGGGUGAGAGGAUUCGCCACCUGCUCGGCGACGAAGCCCCGCCAACAGCCUCGGUUCCCAAGGCCGCCGAUACGGGCUCACCACCCAUCACCGACACUUCCGGCGUGGAUACGUUUCUUCCAGAAAAGACGGAACCAUCUGCCCCCGUUACCGAGCCCACUCCCCCUUCGACCGUGGAUCAUGGGGAGGGUACCAUGGAACUUGAUUGA